CAAAGCCAUCCGCGUGAGAUGAAGCGACUUGAUGAACAGGGAAACGGACAAAAAUCUCUAGACCGCCAAUAAUCCCCAACUUAAUAUCAGCCUUGGGCCAUAAAAAGUUGAAAGGAGCAUAUCCCGAUAUUACUCUUUUAUUUUUGGUUUCUUUGAAUUCCGGGCCUUUAUCUAUUCCUUGUUACUUGAGUGUCCACCGUCAGUCACUCGACAGCUGAGGCGUCACCAUGAAUCGGUCCAUCGAGCUGGCGCUGGUGUCCCUGCUGCCAACGCACAGCGCAACACUGCCACAGCCUCUCUCGGAACUAGCGAGCUCAUUGCUGGCGCAGUCUCGGAUCCGCGCGAGCACCCUCAAGGCCGAAGAGGAAGUCGCGCGGCCGUACGCCUGCGCCCACAUCGCCUGCGACAGACUCAAAAUCACGCUCAACCUCCCGCCAAUCGACCCCCGGCCGCCCAUUCCCCCGCGCAUCUACAGGCGGCUGUACAACCACCUGGACAAGAUCCUGCCGGCCGUCUCGUCGUCCUCGGCCCCCGGCACGCCGAGCCGGACGACACCAGGAAAAGGCAGCAUCCGGACGCCGAGCUCGAGGCUGCGCCAGCAGCCGGGACCAGACGGUCAAGCGUCGCCGCUCGGUAGUUCCCCGUCGCGGUCCAGCCACCGCACCCUUGCUACUGCCACCACUAAAGCUGCUACUACUACCAUCACCAAAACCGCCCAGACACCGUCGCGCUCGCUCGCGCAGUUCCGCGGGACGCCCGCCUCGCACAAACGCACCCCCAAAGCCACAGCCGCCGACAACCUACCCGCGUGGGUGCGGGCGACAGUGCGGCACCUGAUCGCCGCGCUCGGGCCGCCCAGCAUCGGCCCCGUGGUGAUGGCGGGGAUGGAGUCAAUCGCGGCGGCGGCGGCCACGCGAGCUGCGCGCGGGCGCCAUGCGCGCGACCUUGGUACCGACACUGGCGGCGCCGACGGCUGGGUGCGCGACAACCUGCCCGCGCUGCUAGGCGCGCUGUACCUGUACGUGUGGCGGGCGGUGGAGUGGGCGGGGCGCGAAAUGGACGCGGCGGCGUACACGCGCAUGCGCCGGAGCGUGGCGGCGGCGCUGGCCGAGGCGCGCCUCGGCAGCGUCUCGGCGGGGAAACAGACUGCUGCUCCCGACGAGGAUGACACCAAGGACGAGGACGAGGGCGACGACGACGCGCUGUGGGAGGGCUGGCCCGGCCCCGCCAAGGUCAGCCCCAAGGACCUCGACGCGGCGGCGCUGCGCAUCAACAAGCAGGGCUGGCUGGAGCUGGACUGGGCGCGGGGCAUCGACGACCUGGUGGCGCGGGGCGAGGCUGCAUUGACAGAGGCAGAAGCGCUGGCGGAGGAAGACGAGAACAACAAGCACGAGGCACACGAGACGCUCCAGAUCAGGCGGCCAGACACCAUGUUCCAGGAGCGCUACGAUUACCUCAGUGAGCGCAAGAAACGGGACUAUGCCGUCUGGAGGGAGAAGGUCCUCGGGCGCAUCCACGAGCUAGAGCGCAGCCACGGCCACGGCGGCGGCCGGACGCCGCGGCGAGAUGUGGAUGCUAUGGAUAUUGACGAGUGAAAACUCUUGUGCUGAUGUUGGGGUUGGUUAGUAGUAACACAGGAUACUGUUACGUCUGCGGGAUGGGUUAUGGACGGCCUGUGAUCGAGACU